GGAGAGGGCAACAACCACAUAGUGGGUUCAUCAACAAUGGCGGCGGCAGCGGCGGCAUUAUCGGCGGGUCUCAGAGCCAAAGCUGGAAUCUUCCCCGUGCAAAUGCUAGUGACAUCGCUUCCUCUCCGCCGUGAAUUCGCUCGUUCCUUCUCCUCUUCGUUGAAGCCGACGGCGUCAUCAUACUCGAGAGCCGUCGUCCGCAAUAACCACCGGCGAUGGCCUCGGAUCGCUCCGCUGUGCACGGUGGCUCCGGAUGCCGGAGCGGCGGUUGCGGCGGAGGAAUUGGAGAGUAAGGGCGAAGCGAAGGAGGAGGAGGAGGAGAAGGAUGUGAAGGAGAUAGCGAACCUGUUGGAGAUAAGGGUGGGGAAGGUGGUGAAGGCAUGGCGGCACGAGGAGGCGGAUUCGCUCUACGUGGAAGAGGUUGACGUCGGAGAGGCUGAGCCCAGAAUCAUCUGCAGCGGUCUCGUCAAGUAUAUUCCUCUCGAUCUCCUUCAGGAUGCAGCAGUAGUGGUGCUGGCUAAUUUGAAGCCAAGGAACAUGAGGGGAGUGAAGUCAUUUGGGAUGCUUUUGGCUGCCUCGGAUGCAGCCCACGAGAACGUCGAGCUUCUCGUCCCACCUGAGGGUUCUUCUCCGGGAGAUCGGAUAUGGUUUGGCAUCGAAGACGACCUCCAACAGCUUCCCGAACCCGCAAAGCCAAACCAGGUUCAGAAGAAGAAGAUAUGGGAACUGGUGCAACCACAUCUGAAGACUGAUGGGUCGGGCAAUGCCAUGCUGAAGGAGCACUUGAUGAGAACAUCUGCUGGUGUUGUAACUUCAAAGUCCCUCAAGAAUGCCAAUAUCUCUUGAUACCACAGCUCAAUCAAUAACAAUAAAGAUUUGAUUUUUGAGUCAUACAUACUACUACCA